CGAUAGUCGCCAAGUGCCGAUAGCCAUCAGGUCGCAGGUUCCCAGGUCUUAUUUAACAAGCAUUCAGCGAUUUCUCAAUGAAAAUGAUCCGGAAUCGCUUUGGCAGCCUGUCGCGUGUCUCCGCCCAGUUGCAGCGCCAUGUCCAGCAGAUGUCCACGAACGCCGCAGCCUCUCCGGCGGAGGGAGCGACCAUCAAUGAGUUCCGGACGGCGGUAUCCAAUCCCGGCGAGCACUCGGCGCUGCAGGUGGCCAAGUUCUACAGCAUUCCCGCGGAGCAGAAAAAGCUGAUCUUCAGCGGCGGCGGCCUGCCUAAACAGUAUGAGCAGCAGAUCAAGACGUUCACCGAAGCCUGUCUGAUGGUCCGGAACCCUGCCCUAGAAUUGCUGCAGUACAUCAAAGACGGAGACCUAACCAAGCCGGUUGUGCGUUAUGUGCUGUACGGAGAGAACGGCACAGGCAAGACGCUGACCAUGGCCCAUGUGUUGCACUACGGUGCCCUCAACGACUUUCUGUUGGUCCACGUGCCCUGGGCUCCCAACUGGAUGAAGCGGCCCAAGGAAGCAUCAAAUGCCGCCGGACAGGAGGGCAUGAUUGACCUGCCAUUUGACGCCGCUGCUUGGUUGGUGCACUUCAAGAAUCAGAAUGGCCCGCUGCUCCAGCGACUGCAGCUGAAAACGAGCAAGGAGUACGUGUGGAGCAAGCGUGAGAGCACGCCGGCGGGUUCCUCGCUGAUUGAGCUGGUGGAGCACGGGAUAGCACGCAUCAAAUAUGCCUCGGAGACCACGGCGGCGCUUAUUGCGGAACUUAAACAACUCUCUACCGCUGGCCAGUGCAAAAUAAUGGUGGCCAUCGAUGGCUUCAAUGCCUUCUUCCAUCCAGUUACACGCAUUUUCUCCGACAACAAGCAGCUCGUGACUCCGGAUCGGGUCACACUCACACAGCCCUUCCUCGACAUCACCAACUACGACUGGACAAACGGAGUGUGCAUCCUGUCCGUGGACAAGAUCGCUAUGACCGAGGGCCACAUGGAAUCCUAUAUGCCGCGCUAUCUGCUCGGCAAGGAGGGCUUCGAGCACCUAGAUCCCUUUGUGCCCAUUCAUGUGGAGAACUACACGGACAAGGAAUUCCACAGCUACAUCAGCUACUAUCUCGACCGCCACUGGAUCAACAAGACGCCUCAGGGAUUCGAGGAGCAGCUCAAGUUCAUGAGCAACAAGAACCCCUACUCGCUGAUGCAGCUGGUGAGGGCCUUGUAGAGUACGAAAGUCCUGUAUUUGUUAGCCAAUAAAGUUAAAUGAUUUGUUAUUUACCGGAAA